AUGCUUGUUCCGGCCCUUCGAAGGCAAGCCCUUCAACAUGCCAGAUUCGUCCGCAUCGCUAUCCCCGGCCUCACAAGAUGGUACGCCUCGUAUCCGCCACAUACCGUCGUCAAGAUGCCCGCCUUAUCGCCGACGAUGACAGCGGGAAAUAUCGGCGUAUGGCAAAAGAAGCCGGGCGAUUCCAUCGCGCCCGGCGAGGUUCUCGUAGAAAUUGAGACGGACAAGGCCCAAAUGGACUUUGAGUUUCAAGAGGAGGGUGUGCUUGCCAAGAUUCUCAAGGACAGUGGCGCGAAGGAUGUCGCCGUCGGUAACCCUAUUGCGGUUAUGGUCGAAGAGGGAACCGAUGUCAGUGCUUUUGAGGGUUUCACGCUCAAAGAUGCUGGUGGAGAGUCUGCUCCCCCACCUCCCAAGACGGAAGAGAAGUCGAAGUCGGAGUCGGAGCCCCCGGCACCGACCCCGGCCCCCGAGCCUGAAUAUAGCGGACCCAGCGGCAAGCUCGAGUCGGCUCUCGACCGGGAGCCAAAUACUACUGCGGCUGCUAAGAGGUUGGCCAUCGAGAAGGGCGUGCUUUUGAGCGGUCUCAAGGGAACCGGGCCUGGAGGCAAGAUCACGGAGGAAGAUGUUAAGAAAGCAUCAUCCGCUCCCGCGGCUGGCUCUGCCGCUGCCUCUGGUGCUCUGUACGAGGAUAUCCCAAUCAGCGGCAUGCGCAAGACUAUCGCCAACCGACUGAAGGAGUCGGUCUUGGAGAACCCCCACUACUUCGUCUCGUCGACUCUGUCGGUGUCCAAGCUUCUUAAGCUUCGCCAGGCGCUCAACAGCUCUUCCGAAGGCCGCUACAAGCUUUCGGUCAACGACUUCCUUAUCAAGGCAAUGGCUGUCGCUUGCAAGAAGGUCCCUGCUGUCAACAGCUCCUGGCGUGGCGAUGUCAUUCGCCAGCACAACACGGUUGAUGUCUCGGUCGCUGUGGCCACUCCUAAUGGCCUCAUCACCCCCAUCGUGAAGGGUGUUGAGGGCAAGGGACUCGAAAGCAUUUCUGCUGCCGUCAAGGAGCUUGCUAAGAAGGCUCGCGACAACAAGCUCAAGCCCGAAGAGUACCAGGGUGGCAGCAUCAGCAUUUCCAACAUGGGCAUGAAUCAGGCGGUGGAGCGCUUCACUGCGGUCAUCAAUCCUCCCCAGGCGGCCAUCUUGGCUGUCGGAAGUGCCAACAAGGUUGCUGUUCCGGUUGAGAAUGAGGACGGAACGACCGGCGUCGCGUGGGAGGACCAGAUCAUUGUUACUGCCAGCUUUGACCACAAAGUCGUUGACGGUGCCGUUGGUGCCGAGUGGGUGCGGGAACUCAAGAAGGUCAUCGAGAAUCCUCUAGAGCUGCUACUCUAG